GAAGUUCCCUUUCGUACUCCUUCUUCUUCUUCCCAUCUCCAUUUCUGUGGAACUUGAAAGGAAUCAGGUGUUUUUUAACUACCCAUCAUCUGAUCGAUUAACAUGGCCACCGCCAUGAUGGAGGAUAGCAGCUUCGAAGAAGAUCAACUUGCUUCAAUGACCACUGAGGAUAUCAAUAGGGCUUCUCGUCUGCUUGACAACGAGAUACGAAUUCUCAAGGAAGAAUUGCAGCGAACAAAUCUCGAUUUGGAUUCGUACAAAGAAAAGAUUAAGGAGAAUCAAGAGAAAAUUAAGCUGAAUAAACAACUUCCUUAUUUGGUCGGCAACAUUGUUGAGAUUUUGGAGAUGAGUCCUGAAGACGAAGCUGAAGAGGAUGGUGCUAACAUCGAUCUUGACUCACAGAGAAAGGGAAAAUGUGUUGUGCUCAAGACAUCUACACGCCAGACAAUCUUCUUGCCUGUGGUUGGUCUAGUCGAUCCUGACAAGCUAAAGCCCAGUGAUCUGGUCGGUGUAAACAAAGACAGUUAUCUAAUAUUAGAUACAUUGCCAUCUGAGUAUGAUUCAAGAGUUAAAGCCAUGGAGGUUGAUGAAAAACCAACUGAGGAUUAUAAUGACAUUGGAGGACUGGAGAAACAGAUCCAAGAACUCGUGGAGGCUAUAGUUUUGCCAUUUACACAUAAAGAGCGUUUCAAGAAUCUAGGAAUUAGACCACCUAAAGGAGUCCUCCUGUAUGGACCUCCUGGAACUGGGAAAACUCUAAUGGCACGUGCCUGUGCAGCCCAAACAAAUGCUACAUUUAUGAAGCUAGCAGGUCCUCAACUUGUCCAGAUGUUCAUUGGAGAUGGAGCGAAGCUUGUUAGGGAUGCUUUUCAGCUUGCAAAAGAGAAAUCUCCUUGUAUCAUUUUCAUUGAUGAAAUAGAUGCUAUUGGUACUAAACGUUUUGACAGUGAGGUGAGUGGUGAUAGAGAAGUCCAGAGGACUAUGUUGGAGUUGCUUAAUCAGCUUGAUGGAUUUAGUAGUGAUGAUGGUAUUAAGGUGAUAGCAGCAACAAAUAGAGCUGACAUUUUAGAUCCUGCACUUAUGCGUUCUGGUAGGCUGGAUCGUAAGAUCGAGUUCCCACACCCCACCGAGGAAGCCAGAGCUCGAAUCCUACAGAUCCAUUCAAGAAAGAUGAAUGUCCAUCCGGAUGUUAAUUUUGAAGAGCUUGCCCGAUCAACCGAUGAUUUCAAUGGGGCGCAACUCAAAGCUGUGUGUGUGGAAGCAGGCAUGCUUGCUUUGCGACGUGAUGCCACUGAGGUGAACCAUGAGGACUUCAAUGAAGGCAUUAUCCAGGUGCAAGCCAAAAAGAAAGCAAGCUUGAAUUAUUAUGCAUAGAGAGAGGUCUUAUGUUGGCUGCCUUUUUGGUGGAAAACAACUACUCUUUUAAAGUUUAUGCUUGAAUGUUUAGACUAUGUGGUAUCUUUCACUAUGUACUUGUGUUUCUUUCCUUUUGUUCACUAAUCAAUUUGGAAACAGUAUGCCAUUUCUUUAAUUAUAAGGUUGGUUUCAC